AAAGUUUUACAAAAAACUUAGUGAUAAUAUAAAUAAAACCUUUUAAAUAUUAAAACUUUUGUUGUUUAUAAAGAAUUGGUUGCUAAGCGUAAGGAAGUUAAUAUGCAGAAGCAAAUUUUCUAAAUACUAUUAAUAAAAAAAGAAAAAAAAGAAAACAAGAAAAGAAACAAGCGAAAACUAUAAAAAUGCUACAAAAAUGAUAGUGAUAAAAAAAUCAACGCCGAUCAUGUCUAGAUACCGCUUGCUUCCAAUUGUCACAUUUUUUAUGAAAUUAUCAAUUCAACAUGUAUAUACUUUGAGCUCUCAUGUAGUAAUCAAGACAACUUGUACAUCUAAAACUGUACUAUAUACCAAAGAAAUGUGCUAUAAUGAAACUUAUAUGUGUAUUACAAUUACUUAUACAAAACUAGAAUACGACUGCCAAAAUAAUUUAUUUACAAUUGUUGGUUCAGCAUUAAUGCUAUCAGAUUCAAUUAGCUCUGAUUCAUCUUUGGUAUCACAGAUAAACAAUUUAACACAUUCAGAGGUAGUAUAUUCUCAUGUAAUAAAUUCAACAUUGUUAUUUUCAAUGACCCCAUUUGUAACUAAAGUAUUUAGCAUUGAAGAUUCACCAAGAUCAACAAGUUUUUUGGUUUCUGAAACUACAUUAAAUUUUUUGAGUACUAUAACUGGAUUGUUUGGUAAUUCAGUCACAAGCUUUUUUUCUACAUCUAGACUGAUAAUUGAACCAACCUUAUCACAAGAGUCUACAAUUCAACAUAAUACUGAGAUUAGAUCAAAAUUAGUGAACACAACUUUUUUGGAAAAUGGAUUGUUUUCCACACCAACUCACUUUAUAAUGACAAGUCGAAUUUCCGAAAGUUUAAUAUUGUUAAGUUUACCUGAUUCAUCUUCUAUAAUGUAUUCAUCUUUGCUAGUUGAAAAAACUACCUACCUGAAAAACUUAUCAGCUUAUUUGCAUAGUUCUAUUCUUUCUGAAUCUGAAGUGAUUCAAUCAGAUAAAACUACACAUCAAACAUUGUUUUUAACUAAAGAAUUAAAGACUGUUAAUUUUUUUGACUCAGUCAGUAGAACAACAAAUCCUGUUAAUUUGUUUACUAAUUCAGACAUCGUUUUUGCUUCAAUAUUUAACUUUUCCUCUAAAACACUGCUUGAAGGAACUGCAACAGCAAAUAGUAUCUCUAGCACCUUUAUUCAAUCUAGUUCUGUUAUAAAAAUGUUUAGCGAUAUUUCAACCUUAAAUAUAACUAAUAGAGUUGGUAUCGAAUCUAGUAUUUUAGAUAGUGUUUCAACAAUAAAUAUGAACAAAUCAAUGUUUUCUUAUAUCUAUGCAACAAAAUCUUUUUCAAGUUCUAUUGUAAACAAAAGUAUUUUAUAUUCUGUAAACAGUAGUAUUACUGAUAUGAUACAAAGUUCUAUAUUGGAUGUACUAAAUAAUUCAAAAAUAUAUAAAACUCCAACUUUAAUAUUUCCAUCAAAGACUAAUAUAUUUAACUCUGUCUCUAUUUUAAGUAAUUCGUUAGAGUUUAAUUCAAACAAAGUACUUACCAGUUUUGGAAGCAAAUCUAGCAUUUCAGAUUCAAUUAGUGUUUCAACAAAAAGUACAAGCAGCCUAACACUUUCAAGAUUGUUUACUACACAAGCUGCAGAAUCUUUUUUAAACUCUCUUCCAGUCAAAAGUGUUUUUUACUCCUUAAAUAGUAAUAGUUCUAAAAUAGUGCAAAGUUCUACAUUGGAUGUACUAAACAGUACAUUAGUAGAAAGAACUCCUGCUAUGUUUUCAUCAAAUUUUAGUAUGUUUGGUUCUGAUCAUAUUUUCAGUCAUUCAUUAGGGUUUAGUAGUUCUUAUACUGUUAACAUAAAUCAUAAUGUGACUAUAAUGACCAGCCAAAAUAUACAGAGUGUCACUAAUGUUACAGUAUUGCAAAUGAAUAGCUCUUUGCUUCCAUCCUAUAUAAAUACUAAUGCAAUUUUAACUUCAAAUUUUAAUAAUUCUUAUUUUAGCACAGUUUUGGAAACUUCUUUUAUUGCUUCUGAAAACUUUAUUGGCACUAAACAAUCAAGUAUUAGCAGCUUUUCUGCAAUGAUAACGCCAUCAUUUUCACUUGUCUGCACUGCCGUAAUUAUGUCUAGCUAUGUUCCUUGUUGGACAACAUCAUUUGUUGCUCAAACAGAUACCAAUAGUGUUUAUGACCAAUCUAAUUUUAGUACUGUCAGCCAAGAUUUAAAAAGUAUGAUUCAGCCUACACAAUCUUUUCCUUCAACUGCAGAUACAACAAAUGUGGAGUCUUCUUAUGUGAAAUCUGAAUUCAUAAUAAAUUCUUCUAAAGAUGUUAUAUUGCCCAAUCAAUCUUUUACAGCUACAUUAAGUAUGUGCUUGAUUUACUACUCUACUCUUGUUCUAAAUUCAUUAGACAUUUAUUUAACAAGUGAUGUAUCUAAUAAAUUUACUGAUACUGUGUUGGUUUCUACACCCAAUACUGUUUGGUUUAAUACAGAUGGUUAUUCAUUACAAGUAACUUCUUCAAUAUUAGAUGAUAUAUCAAGCAAAAAAAUGACAAAUGAAAUUUCUUAUACUGCAACAAGUGUUUUGAAUAUUGUUCCUUUAUUUAGUGCUUUAGAAUUUAGUUCACAAAAUACUGUUUUUGUUUUUUCGGAUAAUCUUAUGACAUCACAGAGUAUUCAAAACAUUUUUAAUCAAACCACUAUGCAACUUUCUACUUUGCCUAAUACUCCAAUAACCUCUAUUCCUAAUACUCUAGCUUCAGUUGAUAUUUUUUCAAGUGUGAUAGGAUCCUCAGUAGAAUUAGCUUCUUUAAUUUCUGGAUCAUCAUAUUCAGAUAUUGACUCAACUGCAACUUCAACAGAUUUUGUUUCCUUCAUUGAGCCAACUAAUGUAACUUGGAUACCAUCAAUGAUAUCAGCAACAUUCUUGGAAACUAUAGUUUGCAUGUCUUACACAAUUAUUGAAUCAAGUUUUUCAAGCUUUAUUAACCCCACAAUAAUUAACUCAUCAACUACUUCAAGAAAUUUUACCACAUUAGUUACAGACUUAUCCAUACAAACAACACAAUCAUUUUCAAUAUAUUCCUCCGCAUUACCUAUAACUACAACAAAGCCAGGAACUACUUUGAUCCCAGUUGAUAUUGUGGUAAGAAUUUCAUUGAAUAUAAAUGAAUCAGUAGAUGUUACUUCUAAUGAAUUUAGAAAAGAUCUUGAAAGAAAGUUGGUUGAAACAUUUAUAAGUUUAAAAUCUGCUAAUAAAAGAAAAAGAAGAUCUGUCUCAAUUAAUAAUAUUACUGCUAUGAUUGAAAAAACUCAAAGAAUUGGACAACAAGUUAUAGUUGAGUUUAGUAUAGCUGAGGAUAAUGCUUACUUAAAGGCAUCUGAUGUUGCUUCUGUAUAUAAUUAUUUAAGUGAGUCUGGACUUAGUAGAAAACUAGGUUAUAAGGUGAAUGGCCCAGUUUCAGUUUCUGUACCUACAACUAUGCCAUAUCGACUUAGUGAUGUUGUAGGAAUUAUAGUAAUUGAGUCAGCAAGCAACAACCUUUCACUUCCACUCAAUCAAUUUUAUUUUGAAAACAACUUAACAGUGUAUUAUAAUCAAUUUUACAAUAACUCGCUUCUCAAAGCUAAGAUUAUUUUCAGUAAGAUAGAAGUCUCUCAGCAAAUCUAUUUAGAGUUGAUAUUUAUUGUAAAUGGUGUUAGCCAGAAUGCAUCUUCUAUUGUUUCAUUUUUUAACAACAAAAAUUUAACAGAACUUUCUAUGGGUCUCUCGAUUCAGGUAUUGGAAAAACCAUUUGUAGUACAUGCAAUUCGAGCAGUGAAACAAACAGAUAUAAUAAAGAUUGUUAUAAAGACACCUAAUAGUUUAAAUAUUAGCAACCCUGCUUAUAUGUAUGAUCUAUCAUUGAAAUUGUCUCUAAUUUAUAUGAAAGGCCAGCAAAGCAACAGAUUAAGAAGAGCAACUGGCAGUGUAGUUGCAGACAUUCGUAGUAUUUAUGAUUUAUAUGAUGGAAAUCAUCAGGCAAUUUUUGUUAUUAUAGAUCAAGGAGUUAUAAAAACAGCAAGUGAAGCCGUAGCUAUAAUGAAUAAAAUUUCUGUUUCUGAUAUGUCUGCUUUGCUGGAAAUGCAGGUUAUUUCUCCUCCUGAAUCAUUUUUAUCUACUAUUGUAAAAACUAGUUAUGUCGUUAAAUAUUGGAUUAUAGCAGUGGUUAUUGUUCCUAUAAUUUUUAUCACAUUCUUAUGUAUUGGUGUCAUCUGGAAAUACAAGAGUAAAUUGGCACCCCGUAAAAUUCAACCUAGAAAAAUAGAACCUGAAAAAAUUAUGGAAUCUACUCAUGGAAGUAAUUUAGUUUCACCUGUAAUAAACAAAAAAAAUGUGCUAAAUGAAAAGCAAUCUAUAUCUGUUCCUUUGUUCUCUGCAAGUAAUGAAAUGCAGAACGAAUCUGAACAUAAUAAAUCACUGAGAAGAAAGAUAAAAAAAAAACCUGUAACAGUUAAAAAACAAAAUCAAACUUCCAAACAUGUUAAUGAUGAAGACCAAGAAGAUGGUUGUGAUGAUGAUGGUGAUGACAAUGAUGAUAAUGAUAAUGAAGAAGAAGAUGAUGAAGAUGAAAUCAAACAACUGCCUAUUGUUAGUAUUAGAAAAAAAGUAUCUACUCCAGUAGGAAAACAAAAUUCAAAGUAUACUCAUCUAGAAAAUGAAAAGUCUAUGUUUCCCCUAUCACCAAUAUAUCAGAGGCCAAAGACACCAUCAGCUAGCACAGAUAAAUCAUCUGAAGUAAAACCAAAUGCAGUUACUAGUGACGAGCUUCUUGUUCCUAUUAAUAAUUAUGCAGCAAAUGUUCCGACUUUUAAGCAAAUGACAGAAAUGAAAAGCUUGACACCUGCGCCCCCUGUACGAUUUAGAAGAACUAUAGAAUCAUCGGUAGACUCAUUUACAAAUCCAACUGGUCCUUUACCUUUAUUAUCAAUGAAAAAAACAUCCUUAAUCAGUGCUCAACAAAAUAUGACUGAAAAUAUGCAAACAUCACUAUAUCAACAUUCAAAUAAAACACCUGAAAUUAUUACAAUGGAUUCAGACUUGCAGCACAAAAUGGAAGUGGAGCGUCAAAGAAAUAAGCAGCGUCAACGUAAUCAGUUCUUUAAAUCACCCGUUUCUGCAACUGCUGAACCUGUUUUCACUAUUAAAGAUAAAGUUUGGAGCAGAGAACAGAAAAAAAUUGAUGAUAUUCUUGAACCAAGUCUUACAACUCGAAAGGGUCGUAAAAGGAGACGAAUGCGACGCAAAUACAAAGUCCAUAUUUCACCUAAUGCUGUUGAUGGACAUUUAAUGAAAAAAAUGUUAGAUCUGAAUUCAGGCGAAUAUAAGAAAGCUCCUGAAUCUACUCAGCAAACAGUGUUUAACAGCUUUCAGGAUAAUAUACACGAGAUGGAAUCUAGUGAUACAGAUAUAAGUAUGCGAGAGGCUAGACAACGUAUUCACUCUUUACUUGAUGACACUUUUAGUGCAAUUAAAAACUAUCAAAAAAAUCUUAUUAAAGAUGAACCUCUUAUAAAAAAUACUUUACCAAAACCUGAUUUUUCACAAAAACUUCAGAAUGGUUUAAGUUCAACUCCAGCAGCUCUUCCUAUUGCACCUACGCUUGGAAGAACUGCUAUUCCUGUAGGAUCUACCUCUGAUUCAAAGUUUUUACAAAAUGCUUAUGCCAAUCCAUACUCUCCAUAUAUAAACAGUACACCAUUUGUUGAGCCUUUGCUUUCAUGGGAUCCUGUUGAAAGACAGAGGUUUGUAAAUCAGCGUCUCGGAUAUCCCGUUUAUGGUCAGAUACCAACAUCAUUAACUCUUCCUUAUGGUGCUCCUGGUCAAAAUGUUUACGUAACACCUGUUCAUCAACGACCAGAUGGUGUUGGAAAUAUGGUUUGGACUCCACACUUUGAAACCCUUGUGAAUCCUAUACAACCUUUUAAUGUCAUGGACCGAAAUAUGUUAUCUGGGUUUCCUCAAUCUCAUUCAACUGUACUUGAUAUGAACGACUAUGGUGAUAUCAAAAGAAAGCCUGGAUCUCAACCUCUUAUACGCGCUAUUAAAGACGAACUACAAAGACUUUCGAAUUCUGCGCAGGGUAGAACCAAAGUUCAAGAAUUUCAAACUCGGCCAACGAUUAAUGAAAGUGUUACGUGACACGAAUUAUUUUUUAGUAAUCUUUUUUAGUAAAACAAAUUAUUUUUAUUAAAAUAUUAUUUAAAAUGUUUUAACUUAUUAAAUGUGAAAAUGAGGUGAAAAUUUAAAGUUUAUAUAUGUAUAUAGCAAUUUUUAAAUAACAUACAAUUUUUUA